AUGCACAAAAACACGCUCAACAGGUUGAUGGCAAGCAAGUCUUUGAUCCAUCAUCAUCAUAACAUGAUCAAGACAAUACUAUCUUCAUCCAUGAAUACAAUCAAAACUACAAAUACUCUUCGUAAUUAUGCCAUUACCAAAAUUCCUCUACCUUCCCUCUCACCAACCAUGACUUCGGGUGAGAUUGUAAAUUGGGUGAAGAAAGAAGGCGAUAAAGUAAAUGUGGGCGAUAUCUUGUGCGAGAUUAGAACUGAUAAAUCAGUUUUGGAGUUUGAAUCAGUAGAGGAGGGUAUUUUGGGCAAGAUUGUUUUGCCCGGAGGAUCCAAGAACAUUCCUAUGGGAGCCACUAUUGCUUACCUUGUCGAUAAGAAAGAAGAGAUUUCAUCCAUUCCAUCAGAAUCAGAUUCUCAGACUCCAUCAGCUGCAACAACACCAACCACCAAGCCUUCCACCUCUGCAUCACAGGCAAGCAGGCAAGAACAGCAACAACAACCUCACGAGUCAUCUUUCUCUCACUCAGCACCCCUUUCUCCAGCUGUUCUUCGUAUUCUUCAUGAAAAUUCAUGGAUUAAUACAUCACAGAUUAAACCCAGUGGUAGAGGAGGCAGAUUGACCAAAUCAGAUCUUGUUCAGUUUAUGGCAACCAAUCCUCAAACAGUAGGUACACCAUCCACUCCACAAACAGCAACAACCACAACACAACAAGCAAGUGUUGUGCCACCUACCGCUGUAAAGGCAUCACAAGUCGCUUCGCCCUCCACAACCAUGGUGACACAAACACCACUUACCUCAUCUUUCAAUGACAUUCCAACAACACAAAUAAGAAAAAUUAUUGCAUCCAGAUUGUUGGAAUCUAAACAAACAGUACCACACAGCUACUUCACCAUUGAAGCUAGAAUUGACAAGUUGUUGAACAUUAAGAAUAGAUUGGCAAAUGAGAAGAAUAUCAAGGCUUCUGUCAAUGAUCUCAUUAUUUAUUGUGCAUCCAAAGCUUUGCAAAGAGUUCCAGAGUGUAAUGUUGUUGUUAAAGGAAAUCAGUACAUUCAAGCAGAGAAUAUUGAUAUUUCUUUUGCUGUUGCGACACCAACUGGUUUAAUUACGCCAAUUAUUCCAAAGACCAACACAAAAACAAUCGAACAAAUUGCAUCAUCUGUGAAGGAAUUAAGCAAAAGAGCAAAGGAAAACAAACUCAAACCAGAGGAAUUCCAAGGAGGCACAUUUUGCAUUUCAAACCUUGGUAUGUUUGGAAUUCAACAUUUUUCUGCUGUUAUCAAUCCACCCCAUGGCAUUAUUCUUGCCAUUGGAUCUUCUCAAAAGAAGCCUGUUUUACCUUCUGUUGAUUUAGAUGCCGACACCCCCAUAGAUACCAAUAUUAAUGACGUUGAGAUGGGAACAUUUAUGAGCGUUACAGCUUCUUGUGAUGCUAGAGCUGUUGACAGAGAAUUAGCAGGUAGAUUUAUGCAGGUUCUGCGUGAAGAAUUGGAAUUUUCGUUUUCACUUUAA